CAUGAAUGGAAUUGUGAAAUUGCGACGACGAGAUUACGAUUAUAUUUACAUAAGUCAGCAAGUCACGAUUACGUCUGAAAAAUAAGACAAAUUGCGGCUACUAGAUUAACAUUAUUCGGUUUUAUUAACAUUACACCUUAAUAAGAUCACCUAAAGCAACUAGAUUAUUACCAUUGUACUAAAUAAGAAAUUGUGGUGACUUAGUUACUAUUAUACUGUAUAAUUACGAUAAUCUAAUUACGGGACAAAUCGACAUUGACCUGUCUAUAUAUAAUGAAUAUCUAAUACCCGAGUCCUAGGUAUUAUUCCACCCGAAAAAAAAAUAUAUGACGAUGGAAUUACCGGUGGUUUUAGUUUUAUGGUUUGUUUUCUCGUUAACCGUGAUAACAAAUGGUGACGAGACGAUAGACUUACCACCGUGUGAUUACUCUGCUAUAUACAACUUCGGCGAUUCCAAUUCCGACACCGGAGGUUUGGCUGCAGCUUUGUAUCCAGAAGGGCCGCCUUCGGGCGAGACGUACUUCAAAAUGCCAGCUGGCAGAGCCUCCGAUGGUCGACUGAUCAUCGACUUCAUCGGUAAAAGAUUUAAUUCAAUAAUAUUAUUGAGGUUUUUUGUUUUGUAUGAAAGAGGGGCAAGGGCAUUUUGGGUACACAACACGGGCCCCAUCGGGUGUUUGCCGGUGACGCAUGCGAAAGUGAAGGAUCCUUUGCCGGGGUAUCUCGACGAGAUUGGCUGCGUGAAGGACCAAAACGACGUAGCUUUGCUAUUCAAUCAACAACUUAAAGUAGAAAUUGUGAAGCUAAGGGCAGAGCUCACAAAUGCUACAUUAGUCUAUGUUGACAUGUAUGCAGCCAAGUAUGAAUUAAUCAGCCAAGCCAAAAAUCAAGGAGAAUUGUUGAAAUUUGCAGGAUUUGAGGACCGAUUUGAAAUAUGCUGCGGCUACCAUGGAAUCGACUAUGAUGUUUGGUGUGGAAAUAAAGGAAAUGUGAAUGGUACCGAAGUGUAUGCUGGUUCUUGUGCAAAUCCUUCUGCAGUUAUCAGCUGGGACGGUGUGCAUUACACCGAAGCUGCUAACCGUUGGAUUGCGAAUCGUAUUAUGAAUGGAUCUUUAUCUGAUCCAAUGGUCCCGAUCAGUCGAGCGUGCCAUAAGCAGAUGCCUGUUUCUUGAAUUAUGAUACAACAAGCAUUUCAUGUUUACUAUAAUCUAAUUAUAUACUCAAGGAUGAAUAUGUAAGCAAUACUUAUUAUACUUUGACAAUAAAAUUCAAGAAUAUCUGAUUUGUGUAUUUCGUCACAAAUUUGUAUUUAUGUAGUAGCGAAGCCAACAUAGGAUUAUAGAA